AUGAGUCUCCUCAAGCCUUAUCCAUCUUGAAUCCCCCUCGUACCCAACAGUUGUUCCACACGUUUUGUGUUGUAUCCUUAAUCCAACCAUAGUUCUUAUCCACUGAUAUCUAACCCUCCAAAAGUACAAGUGUGAAGUUUCCAGUACCAAAAACAGAGGAGUCUGUUAGAAAAAUGGCAUCCCUAUAUGAAGUGCUGGGAAUUUCAGUGGGUGCAAGCUGCGUGGAAAUAAAGGCUGCAUACAGAAAGCUAGCAAGAACGUACCAUCCGGAUGUUGUUGGCAUGAAUCAGAAGGAAAAGUCAGCAAACCAGUUCAUGAUGAUCCAUUCAGCUUACUCAACGUUGUCUGACCCAGAGAAGCGUGCUCAGUAUGAUAGGGAAAUUUACAGACACAGAAGAUCAGGAAAUAUGGUUUCCAUGUCAGCAAGAAACCAGACAUUUUCCUAUGCUGCAAGUGGGAGGAAAUGGGAAACGGAUCAAUGCUGGUAGUAGCAUCAGCAUACCAUGUAUUAUUAUUUAUUAACCAUUUUGGUCUAGGUAUUACUUUCUUUUUACAGAGUUCAUCCAUCACCCUGGAUAUGGAAGUUGAUCCAUUCGUUAAUGUUAACCGUUUCUCUUCCCUUUUCAUAUCUUUUCUCUAAAUCUGU